CAGGAAGAAAGGCCAGGAAGCAGACAAGGCCGCCGGGCGGGAUGGAGUGACCUUAUUUCCUCCGCAAGCGUGUCCAGCCUUGACCACUGUGAUAGAGAUAGAGCUACGUAACAAGAGUCACUCCUUGGGAAGGGAAAUCGAUAGGCACCGGUGUAUCUCUUCAAAGAAAAGUCCUUGCUGUCGCGGGCCGGCUUUUGGGCCGUGCCUGUUCCCAUCUCCGGCCCGGUUUCUCUCCAUCGAAUCCCCAUAAAGGGUAUGGCCUGGUAGCUGCAUAUACAGGUCCAGCGUCCCUUCUCCUUCCUUUUGGAGUAAGCAACCAUGCUGGAUGGCAAAAGUGGGACCCACACCUGAAAUCGGGAUCAUCCGGCAGGGCUGGGCCAGCAGACAAAGCCAUUGGCACAAAUCUGAAUUCUGGACUGGAGCGAUUGGGCUCAGGGACUCCAGGGAGGGAUUGCAAACCUGGCCGAGGUUUAGAAGAGGAACCCAUGGAGCCUUGGCACAGGGACAUGCGGCACCACCCGAAGUGUAGACCCACGUAGGAGCAACGCCCCAGGACACGCCACGACCGAAACACAAAGGACGCCCAGAAAAAUGUCAGACGACGAGGGCAAUAAUGGCCUGUUCCACAGAUUCUCCUGCGCAAAUCCAUUCCACACCAUCAAAUUCUUUGUCUUCUGCCAAAGCUUCCUGCAGCUCACGCAGCUGAUGACCUCUAGCUACAUGAGAAGCACCAUUUCCACCAUUGAGAAGCGCUUUGGGCUCUCCAGCCAGACCUCUGGGCUCUUGGUCUCCUUCAACGAGGUGGGGAACACGUUGCUGAUCAUCUUUGUGAGUUACUUUGGCAGCCGAGUCCACCGGCCCCGAUUCAUCGGCUACGGGGCCAUCCUGGUUGCCCUGUCGGGACUCAUCACCUCGCUUCCUCACUUCCUCAUAGGACCCUAUGAAUACGACCGCACCAUUUCGGAAACAUCAAGCAACCUGACGGACAUGUGCCUCCCGGGGCACAAGGGCACCUCUGUGUCCGAAGUGUGCACCAGCCAGGUGGAGAGAAGCUCCAUGGUCCUGGGGCUGUUGUUUCUCGGACAGACCCUGCUGGGGAUUGGCGGGGUGCCCAUCCAGCCCUUCGGCAUCUCCUACAUCGACGAUUUUGCCAGCAAGAGCAAUUCACCCCUGUACAUAGGAAUCCUCUUUGCCACGACCACCAUGGGUCCCGCCUUAGCCUUCAUUGUGGGCUCGGUCAUGUUACGCUUCUACGUUGACAUUGACAAGUUUUCUGCAGCGGAAAUCCAUAUCAACAACAAAGACCCGCGGUGGGUCGGGGCCUGGUGGCUCGGGUUCAUUCUUACAGCCAGCAUCGUGGCCAUCUCUUCCAUCCCGUACUUCUUCUUCCCAAGAGAACUGCCCAAAGAGGAGGAGGUACCACGGAAGACCAUUGCAGAAAUGGCUAAGGCGGAAUUAAAGGAAGAGCUGAGAAUCAAGCAUAGAGAAGUGGAAAGCCUCCCUUUGAAGCAAUUCAUCAAACUGUUCCCUAUGAUUUUCUUCCGAACUAUCAAGAACCCCAUCUUUGCGGUGGUCAUCUUUGCCCUGUUCAACCUCUCCGGGAUGAUUGCUGGCUUAGCCACCUUCAUGGCCAAAUUCCUGGAGCAGCAGUUCACCCUGACAGCUUCUCUGGCCAACAUGAUCAUAGGAGCCGUCCAGCUCCCGAGCGGCAUGAUGGGCAUCAUCCUCGGAGGCGCCAUCAUGAAGAACUGCCACCUCAGCCUCCGAUACGCCACCAUCAUGUGCAUAUUCGGGCUGGCCUUGUGCGUCCUCUUCGACAUCCCCCUCCUGUUCCUGGGCUGCCCCACGCACGCCGUGGCCGGCCUCGACCCCUCCGGAAGUUCUGGACCAGAACAACUCUUUGCGGAUUGUAACCGUCAGUGCAACUGCUCCUCUUCGGGCUUUAACCCCGUUUGCGGCCAGAACAACAUCGAAUACGUCACGCCUUGUUUCGCCGGCUGCUCAGGUCUAAAGUAUAAUGCCCAAGCAAAGAAAAUUCUGAAUUACACCAUGUGCAACUGCAUCAUCGUGGACGGGGCCCUUGGCUACGCGGUGCCCGGGAGCUGCGGGGGCCAAUGCUCCAGGUUCCUGCUGCCCUUCGUGAUGAUCACCUGCAUUUCGGGGUUCAUGGCCUGCCUCUCCCACACGCCCGCCUUUGUCAUGGUCCUCAGGAGCGUUAAGCCUGAAGACAAAUCCUUUGCCAUCGGCAUCCAGUUCAUGCUUCUCCGGGUUCUGGCCUGGCUUCCGGCCCCGGUGCUCUACGGCAGCGCCAUCGACAUGUCCUGCCUUUUGUGGCAAAUGAAGUGUAAGAAGAGAGCGGCCUGCAGAUACUACAACAACACCGCCUUCCGGCAGAGGUACAUUGGCAUCCAAAUUGUAUACGAGUUCAGCUGCCUCGUCGCCUUUUGCGUCCUCUACUACCUUUUCCAGCGGCAGGAAAAACAGGAGCAAGAGGAGAUGAGUCGCGACGUAUCUUCCCAAGUCAGCACCGAGACCCGUACGUGAUCCCUGCUUUGGGGGAACUUCCGUUUCUGUGGCCAGACUGGUUUCCCUCUGAGACGGGAACAGGACUAGACUGGGGACGGCGGGAGCUGCCCCGGGACAGACACUUUUGGAGCUCAACCUCCGACCCGUUCCUUCUUUUCUACAUAGGACUUGGAGUUAGCGGCCCCGGUGCCCUUUCUCGAAAAGGAGCCAUCUAUAUAAUGAUAUUAUUAUUAUGAAUAAAUAGCUAAUCCACCUGUUAGCCAGUAAUCAUGAUAUUACCCAGUCUGUCUUUAGCUAUGGAAUCCCUGCUUGGAUGAAACAAUAUAAAUUGCUUUUCUGAAGAA